GCGUCUUGUUCGAGUUAUGUAUCGCUUGGUCAUCGUUGCCUUUCUUCUGUCAUGCUUGGUCGGUUCUUGCUUGGCUGACUGUGACUGCUCUUGCUGCUUGAGUAAUUCCGGCGGGUCCCCCUCAAACGGGCUUUCUCGAAAUCCACCAACACCAACACCACCACCACCACCACAACCAACCUGUUGUCAUAUAUCUGGUGAAGUCUACAACUUUACUGUGCAUGCUAUCAAUGACCCAUCUGUUGCUGUAGAUCUACAACUAGUUUAUUUCGGAUCGAACUCCUCCUCAAAGGUAUUGAAUGGACCAAAGCCCUGUCCAUCUAAUGUCGUGGCAACUGCAACAUUUGCUCCAGAAGAGAUAAUAUACAGACCAACCAACGACUUUAUAACUUGUCAUGUAGAAGGAAACAAUUCGAUGAGAUGUGGCACAAAUCCCCCCGGAGUAAACCCAGGUAGCUGUAUUGAUGGCUGUCCUGUCUACUUUAAUGAGCUUGCGUUUACUUAUUUCAAUCCUUGGAUGGUUCAGUCGGGCAUAUUCACUUACUCAACUGAAAUAACUGAGCGUUUCGAUCUCGUUUGUGGCACUUUCCCUGUCAGUGUCACUGAUGGUUCAGGUUCCUUUUGGUAUCAACAAGGUUCAGGAUUACAUGUGACUUACUUAUCAUUGGGAGGUUAACAAACAACUUUUACAUAUUUGAAUAUAUUCGAUAAAACGCUAUCCCUUGAUACUUUUUUAAAUAUUAAUUCCUGCGUGAAAAGGUAUCGUUGGGUAAAGGAUAAAAAGACCUUGAAUUUC